GCGAGGAUCGCAGGAGGCCGACCGAACUGGUGGAUGCUUAUGCAGGAGUGUGGACGCCUAGGUACAAGUACUCGUAUCGAGUUUGAUUGAUUCGACCGAUUGAGGUCAGAUGAGCGCUUAUCAUCGGUGUAGGAUGACUCAUAGUACCGAGCGCCCAGCUUGCACUUGCGGUUACCGGUAUUCACACUGUUUUAAGGAUCUUGGUGUCGGGUUGGUGGGGUGGGUACGGGUGCGGUAUCGGAUCAUUCCCACCCGGGUUAUGGUUGGCUCCCGCUGGCUGCAACAGGUAGGGCUUAGACUGGUUGGUCGGCUGGAUGGAUUAAAUCGAUCAGGCACCGGUACAGUACCGGUGGUCUAUGGAGCUCCGUUUCGUCAGACUCGUUACGUGCGGGAGCCGGCGUUCCAGUCUUUCCGUUGCCUUAUCCGGGGUUUCGGGGUUUCGGGUAUUGGGUUGGCUGAUUGGUGUGCUCUAGCGGUGGACGUGAAAUUUGUGGCGACCGACGCAGCGGGCGGGUGGAGAAUGGACAUGGGGAUGAAGGUACUUGUAUUACCGGUAUGUUCGCCCGUGUGGGGUCAGUUUGCGGCUUCAUCUGGUGAGUUUUCUUGAGAAUGUUAAUGGAGCCGCGUGAAGCAGAGUACCGGCAAUACUCGGGAUAGCUAUUUUCUUGUUCAUUUUACUACGAGCAGCAAGGGUAUAGAACUGUGGAAUUGAUUUGUUUGCGUGUGCUAGAUUUGGACAACGUUACCGGUACCCUAAUUAUGUGUUGAAAUGGUGCGGUUGCACCGUACCGGUACUGUACUCUACUCGGGUACGAGCGCGGUACAUACUCGGGUAUCUCGGCUACACCACAAUUAAUAGUUCCCAUAUCUAGAUCUGGCAAGUGGUAAAGCUACCGGCAUCUCUCGGGGCUGGCGAGGCACCGCUGUGACAUUACGAACCUACGAUAUAUCCGGCACCGUAGGCACCCAUUUGCAUCCGCCCGCACCAGCUGGGGAGAAGCACUGGGAUCGGCUAAAGUCCAACGAGGCCGAGUUUGGGAUUUUGGACAAAAUUGGAUUUUCCAUGACGUUCGUCGGCUACUCGCGUAGAAGGGGAGAGUCAUCCUGUGCUGCA